AUGGAAUACGUGCAGGAAGAAGUCGUCGACCGCUGGGGCCCCGGCGGUCGCGACGAAUUCGUCGAAGAAGAAACGGUGUACGACGACGCCGUCCCCCGCUAUGCACCCCCUCCUCCUGCCGGCCCCCCCCUUGACGGCCCUCCUGGCCCGCCCCUGCCUCCGAACUGGUUUGCCCGCUGGGAUGAUCGUGACGGGUGCUGGUUCUACGAGAACGAGAUCACGGGCGAGACGAGCUGGGAUAGACCUCCCCCGCCGCCUGGGUGGGGAUAUGGCGGUGGUCCUCCCCCCCAGGAUGACUAUGUUCGAGAGGAAAUUGUUGAAGAGCGAGUUGAUGAUUAUGGUUAUAGACAGGAGAGUUUAGGUGAGGAGGCGGCUGAAUGGAUGGGCAGAAAGGUCGGAGAGGUUGAAAGAAUCCCCCAGGAUAUCGCGGAUAUCCCUGAAGACGUGGCAGACUGGGCAGGCCGUGAGGUCGGUAAGGUGGAGCGGUUCGAUGAUAAUAUUGACUAUGCCUAUGAUGAGGGCAAGUAUGAAGAGACAGCGAAUAUUGUUAUACUAGUUACUUGGCUGAGAACCCCGCACUCAGCUAAUAGUACUGUGUAUAGAGUACUUAUCACCGAGUCAAGCCACCAGUCAACGGUAGCUAUUAUCCUAAUGUUUGCUUAUGCAGCCAAGUCUUUUGAUACUAUCAAGGUAAGACUGUUGAUCAAGAUUGACAAUGCGAAAAACGGAGUCGAAUAA